AUGUCAAAUGUCGACGGAAAUUCGUCGCCUAAGGUACACGUGGAGACUCCGCCAAUGGCACCUUCUGCGCCGAGCGAGGACCACCGGACGCAAGCCACCAGUGGCGGCGGAAUAGGCAUAAUCCUGCGGCGGUGGAAGAGGGAGGACUUGAUGAAGAGAGGGUCAUUGGCACUGAGAGGGAUCUCUCUGCUUUUCUCUCUGAUUUCAUUCAUUGUCAUGGCCAGCAAUAAACACGGCGAUUGGAGAGAAUUCGAUAAAUAUGAAGAGUACAGGUAUUUGCUGGCUAUAGCGAUUUUGUCUAGUAUGUACACAGGAGCACAAGUGUUCCGUCAAAUGCAUGAAUUUUCUACUGCAAAACAAUUGCUUAAGCCAAGAAUGGCAGCUAUGAUUGACUUUUUUGGUGAUCAGAUCACUUCAUAUCUUUUGAUAUCAUCCGCAUCUUCAGCAGUUCCACUGACAAAUAGAAUGAGGGAAGGGGCAGACAAUAUAUUUACAGACGCUUCAGCUGCAGCCAUUAGCAUGUCUAUUUUUGCCUUCUUGUCUCUAGCAGUUUCAGCCGUCAUUUCUGGCUACAAACUAUCAACUCAACCUUAUAUAUGA